GCACUGCGCUUCUGGGAAAUGUAUUUCCUAGCGCAAAAAGUCAAUUAUACGUCAUCAUUCGGUCAUGUAGCUAGCUAGCAACACCUCGAAACAGAAAGCUUGGGAUGGCGGAGGAGAGGAGCGGAGAGGACAUAGUUUCAGAGUACCUGGGCCAGAACCCGCAGCUGGCUCAGUGGGUCGACACUUUCAGGGGCUACUGUGAGAGCAACAAACAGUGGUUCGCUCGGAGGGAGUUUAUCUUGAGAAACAUGGAGGCUUUCCCCACAGUGGAACCAGGAGUCCCCAGUAGCAGUCUGGACAGGCUGCUCUCUCUGUCCAUGGUUUGGGCCAAUCACAUUUUCCUCGGCUGCAGCUAUCCACAGGCUGUAAUGGAAAAAAUCAAGGAGAUGGGUGAGGGGAUAGUUGUCCAAGAUGCUCCAGUUCACAAAACCAGAAAAGAUGAAGUCAUGUCCAAAGGAAAGCGGAGUGCCACAGCUGAGGGCGAUAUUGACAGCUGUGUGAAAAGAGCUAAAUGUGGACCUAAUGAGCUCGACAGUCGACCUGCUGGGAGGACAGCCACGCGGCCAGUGAGUCAGAAAGCAGGACCUCCUCCACAAGCUCCAGCAGAGCACCAGCCCUUCUUCAACCGCCUCUACAAGGCAGUGGCAUGGAAGUUGGUGUCGGCAGGGGGCUUUGGUCCCAACCUAGACCAUUUUGAAAUUCUUCGCAGCUGUGUAGAAUCAUGUAAACAGACCCUGACCUGUGUGUUUGUGCCACUGAAGGACAUCACAGGCCUUCCUGCAGGCCGCACGCAGAAGGAAGGCCACGUGUGUGAAAUUCGCUGUCAGACUGUCUACAUGGGCACAGGAUAUGGACGGGAUGAGGCUGCUGCCAGAGCCAUGGCUUCCAAAGAAGCCCUAAAAGCCUUUCAGGGGCGAAAAGUGACAGUUAAGAUCUGCAGACGUAGGUACAAAGGGAAAGAUGUGGAGGAUUUGAUGUUGUUUGAUGAACAGCCUCGGAGUCAGGGCUUUCCUCCUGCACUCAGCUACCCUUUUCAAGAUGAGCAGCUGGACGAAGGUUCUUUGUAGAGAAGACAGACAGUGACAUUUGCCCUGCUGUGACCCCAGUCGCAGCAUCAACAAGUGGCAUUUACUGAACAGAGCUACUGAAGGAAUCCAUGACUGUAUCGGGACCAGACUGUUAUGCAGCUGAACAUCACAACUGGAUUUGAGAAUCAUUAUGUAGAGCAUUAACUAUCAUGGUGAAUUUCCCACAUUACUUUGGUAUCAUCAUCAUUGUUAGACAAACAUCUGGGAUACAUCACCAAGACAGGAAAACAUACUCCUUAAAUCUGCAAAAACACAACAAUCUUAUACUGUAUUCACAACAUUUUCAGUUUUAUAGACAACAAACAGUGUAACAAAGUGUGUGGAGCUGGAGCAUGUGCCAUCAUUUGAAAGUCAAACAGCCAUAAACUGGCAUAAAGUUCAACUGCCAGAGGGUGAAACAGUUUAAGAGUUAAAAUAAAGGCAGGUGAAAAAAGCUACAAAUUUUAUUUUGAUAUUUUAGUUUCUUUAACUAUAAGUGACUGUUGGAUGACAUAUAUCAUUUUUCUUCCUCAUUGUACCCAUGAACCCUUGCAUUUUAGGGUUGUCUUGCAUUCUCAUUCCCUAAUGACCUGCACUUUAAUUCUGUUCAAGCAGGACUUGGCCUCAUUCAGGCUAUUUGGUGCCACCCAAGUUUGAUUGUAUGUUGUUUUUUUUAUCUUUAUUAUUGUUAUUAGCCAGAACAAUUUAACUUAGGUAGCAAAAGUUCAGAAGUUGAAAUAAACUGCUCCAAGCACAGUUGUUACAAUGGUGAUCCAAGUUGUUUAAUAAGAGCUCCAGUCAGUCUUAAAACUGGGAGGAGCUCAGUUGUGAUCUGCUGAACAGUGAUUUAACAAAUAACCGCAAACAGAGUUUCUGCAAUCAAACUAAUGCUACAAAGUACUGAAAGCGUGAAGUUUAUUUCACAGUAUGUUGUAUAUGCAGAGUUUUCAGCUUUUGUGUUCUUCUCAAAUACUUGGCCAACUACAGUACCUACCGUACAGUACACAGAAGUACUAACAGCUACUGCUUUUAUUUUAUUUCAUUUAAGUUCACUGAUUUAAAAAAUCCACUGAGACCCACACUAUGUUAAAAAUAUUGGGGUAUAAUGAUUAAGAAUAAUCAUUUGAACACAGUUAAAUCCAGUGUGUACAGUUAUGAUGUGCUUGGGGGUAAAGUGCUGCUGUGAUGUGAUUUUUUUUUUUUUUUUUUUUGUUUAUUUCCAGUCUCAAUUGAAGUUGAACAGGGUUGCAUUGAAGUGCGAGUAUCCACACUGUUCCAUGUUACUGUACGUUUACACCAGUGGUCCUGUUUCUAUAUAUUUUUUAAAUAAAACAUAAUUUAAGCCAGUGAA